UUUGAAAAUGAGGCUUCAAUAUGCGCCCUACGGACUGUAGGGAAGCAACAUGUAAAAAUGGCUGCAAUAUACAAAAGUUUUGCGGAUACAUUUUGGACGGAAAGUUUCUGGUUACCCAAUAAUCAUACUUGGAAAUCAUUGGAAAACAAGGACAAUGGAAUAUACUAUCCACAAUUCCAUGAUCUUUACGUUCCGUUCAUCGUAGCUGCAGUUCUACUGCUAAUCAGAAAAAUAUUUGAAAAUGUUGUGGCAUAUCCACUAGGAAAGUGGUAUAAUCUCAGGGAAAAGGGCUACAGACCACCCCCUCCAGAUACAGUCUUAGAGGCAGCAUAUCGUCAAAUAGGGAAACACCCAUCUCAUAAAGAUCUCCAGGCUUUGAGUAAGCGAACGGAUAAAGGUAUCAGAACUAUAGAAAGAUGGUUCCGUUACAGGAGGUUACAGGGGAAGUAUACACCUAUGAAACGCUUCCAGGAAACUUGUUGGAGAUUCCUGUUCUACUUUACCGCAUUUUACUAUGGCAUCUAUAUAUUAUGGGAUAAACCUUGGCUGUGGGAUACCAAAGAGUGCUGGUACGGCCAUCCAUUUCAGCAUAUAACCAGUGAUGUAUAUUGGUAUUACAUGGUGGAGAUGGGAUUCUACUGGGCACUUGUGUUUUCGCUCAUGACAGAUAUCAAGAGAAAGGAUUUCUGGGAGAUGGUUAUCCACCAUGUUGUAACCAUAGGUCUGAUGGUGUUCUCUUGGGCAGGAAAUAUGGUUCGUGUAGGAACCCUUGUACUGUGUUGCCAUGACGCUGUUGAUUAUUUUAUGGAGCUUGCCAAGGUUUUCAACUAUCUUAAAUACCAGAAGACUUGUGAUGCAUUGUUCGUUGUUUUCACUGUCAUGUGGUUUAUUACACGUCUCUGUAUAUUCCCAUUUAAGUUGAUAUAUACAGUUGGCAUUGAGAGUCCAAUGAUUAUUGGAAUGUACAACGCUAUGUACCUUUACGUUUUCCUGUUGAUGGCGCUGCAAGUUCUGCACGUCAUAUGGUUCUAUAUGAUCUGCCGAAUGGUCUACUUUUAUGUCAUUACUGGAAAGGUACAAAAAGACGACCGAAGCUCGAGUGAAGGGGAACAGUCCGAGGAAGAGGAAAAUGACAACUAUUAUGAUGAAACAAACAAACAAAAUGGUGUACAGUCACUUCAAAAUGGCUCUACAACAAAGCGUGAUAUCACAAUGGGGCUUAGUGGAGACAGUGCACCCGCUUCAUCAUAAAUUGAACUCUUUCCAGAGUAAUGUACACAAAUAUUCUUACUCAUGUGUUAAAAGAUGGGGUCCAUUUUUGGUAUGGUCAUAAUAAAUGAUAUUUGCUUCUUAAGAACACAAAAGUUAGGGACUAUCUUUAAAUGGACCUGAGGAAUAAUGGAGUAAGCCAAGGGGCUACUCUUAUGCAACAUUCAACUAGUGAAGAAAAACUUGUCACAAAAUUGGAAAUGUGACAGCCAACCAAUGAUAGCGAAUUUCAUAUUGUUCUUGAAUUAUUUUGUAAUUUAUACUCAAUAAACAUCUUAAUUUUGUAUAUUCUACAUACUGGGUGGGGGUGCCCCAAAAGUAGGUUUACAUUUAUUCAACAAUCUGUUUCUGUAAAUUUUGGAUCACCCUGUAUCAUGUGUAUGUAUAUCGAAAUUUAAGUCAAAUGUUACAAUAACAAAUGUACGUUGAAAUUUUGAUUUCGUAAUUAGACAUUCUCAAUUGAGCUGAUUGCUAAGCAAGUAAAGCAUGUAAUAUUGAUUCUGAUAGACCCUUGGUGCACACUACGCAAUUUAAUUGCUUAAUAUAUAAUUGUAUAAUGGCCAGUCCACCCAUAUUGGAACAUAUCAAUGUACAACUGCUACAUGUAAUUAAAGGACUCCGAACUCUAUGGGUCAUAUCUCUAUCAAACUGCGUUAUCAUUUUAAACAAAAAUAAUAAUUUUAAGUGAAAAUAUCUCCUAACGCAAGAUAAGUUCUAGUCAGCCAAUAGUUUCAAAUCAACAUGCUACCACUUGCCAGGGUGUGUAUGUGUUUAAGUAUGAAGAGUCAACCUUUGGUUUGAAAAAAUGCCCAAAAUUAUAUUUACCUUAAAUUCAUCUUGAAGUGUGACCUUUCUGCCUUUAGAGAUCCAUAAUUGUCACGUUAGGACAUUUUCCACACACAAACGAUAAUAUUUUGAUGAAAUCAUCCAAUCAUGUUCUAAUCUAACCAAUUGAAUCCAUCCUUGAUAUCUGCAGUGUUGCGAUUUGUUCAUGUUAUAUGUUGUAUUGAUGUGUAUAUGUACCAUUAGAAUGGAAAUAAUAAACAAAAUGGUGGUAGGGAAAAUUACUAACAUUUAUUUUCAAGGGAUACCAAAAAUAUAGAAAAAAUUGACUUCAGAUUUUUAUAUUUUGACUGAAAGCUACAUAAGUGUAUGUAGCCUUGCUGAUUAACUUUUUUAUGAACAAAAUAAUUUUAUAUAUAUAUGAUUAUAUAUUUUCCAUUGUUUGAGGUUGUGAGCUUUAUAUGAUGUACAAAUUAAUGUAUAUAAUCA